AUGACCUCGCUGUCACACUUCCAACUCCAACAGCUCGCGACCGGUACACUGUACUCUGCGAUAGAUCCAAACAGCAUCGCCGGACAGGUCGUGUCGAUGUUGAAGUUCAUGGCGCUGGGAGGUGCUUUCGGUCCGGCAGCAUCAAUGCUAGCACUUGGACCGGGCAUUGCACCCCCGCUAGCUACAUACGGCCUCUCUUCGCUGGCGAGCAUUCUCCGUACAAAUCACGUCGCGAGUUCCGUGCUGGGGCUUUCCUCCUCGCUUGUCCCCGCAGCACAGCUGCAACAUCACAGCAUGCGGCUACUUCGCGUGCGGGUGUGGGCGUAUACGAUCGGGAGUGCAUGCAUGUGGGUGCUCGGGACGAGGCCUGCAAGGGAACUGGAGGCGAUGCUGGAGCGCGUGCUGCGGGACAUAUGGGCGCUUGAAGUCAGGGAGAUGCUGCGGGACUGGUUGAGGGCUGUGUUGCAGAAGGUCUCGCGCUCGGUUGAAGGGUUCAUGGCUGUCUGGCGAGAGCUGGAGAGAGCGUUAGGAUGGGGGAUGAAUGCGGUGGCCGUGGUGGCGUUAGAGCAAGAAGUUUCUGUUGCAGAGUCUCGUGCUGCCGACUUGGACAACGUCAAUGAGUGCCGUGCGGAAUCCUCACAGCACGAAGACUUCACUUCUUCCACUCUCCCCUCUUCGGACUCCGGACCAGUGUCUGCGGACUGGGAAAUGGUACCGGUAGCAGAGCCACUUCAUGAGGGUUGGGACGCCGUAAGCUCAGCGGAAUGUUUCCAACCCCAAGAGCAAUGGGUGAUUGUCCUUGAGCCGCCGCAGCAAUGCUCCGUCGAUCGAGAAGUCGAUGAGCUAGAGAAUUGGUGUAGAAAGUGA